AUAAAAUUAAUAUGAGUUUUUCUUGCAGUCUCUUCAGGCUAAAUGUUAUAUUAAUUAUCCUCAUCUCAACAAUGCAAAUACGGAGAUGUUACCCUAUUGUCUCUUCUACGCUAUCUGGGAAAUCUGAUUACUGUCUCGUCCUGCUGAACCGUUGCUUAGUCAAAGUGGAUGGGUCUGAAGAGCUGGGGUUACUUAAGCCUUUCCUGGAGAAGAUGUUCAUUAAAAGGUCUUUUCGAAACGGGGUUGGAUCAGGAAUUAAAAAAAAUUCCUUUCAAAGAACAAAGUCAUAGACCAGUGCCUGAGAAAACAGAUC